UGGGGCCCCCGGGCAAUAGGGGAUCAUGGGGCCCCUGUGUCCUUGCCCAAACUCAAAAAAGCCUAUGAAAAAGGAGGAAAACCAGAGUACCUGAAGGAAACCCAUGCAGGCACAAGGAGCACAUGCACACUCCGUACAGGUAGUGUCAUGGUUGGGAUUCAAACCAACAACCCUAGUACCAGGGGCGGAUUGACAACUCAUGGGGCCCCCGGGCAAUAGGGAUCAUGGGUCCCCUGUGUCCUUGCCCAAACUCAAAAAAGCCUAUGAAAAAGGUACCAGGGGCAUCUCAUGGGGCCCCCUACUGACCCCGGGCCCUCGGGCAGUGCCCGAGUUUCCAAAUGGUCAGUCCGCCCGUGCC